CGUACGUCGGAGAGGAUGAAGGGCGGCAUGCGGCGGAUCCUAAACCUUGGGUUGUAUGACGGCCGCAGGCACCUGUAUUCGCUCCGGCGCUUGGACCUCCUCAAGAUUAAUUUUUUUCACCCCACGGCAGAACAAGUGGCCGCGCAUGGCAAGGUGUUGCCAACAGUACUGACGCCCGCCGAGGCCAACACGACAAGGAUCUCCGGCACUAAUUUGGCGGCGGCGGCGGCGGCGGCGCCCAAGAUUGAUCCUCCAAAGACCGAGCUGGUCAUAAGGCCGCCGCAGCUCGACUACUCCAUGUGGAACCAUCACACCGUUCAUUUCUUGCCCACCGCCUCGGAGAGCAAGGUCGUCAUUGCCGACCGCGGGAACCGCAUGCUGCGCUUCGACGUCGUCGAUGGCACCCGCUGCAUCGAUACGCUGCCAUGGCUCAACGGACCCAAGGUGAUGCCGAUGGCCAUCUCCGUCCCUCCAACGGAUGUACACAUCCAUGACGGCGAAGACACCGGCGACCUCUACAUCAUCGAUGGCCUCCUCUACCCGCACAUGGCGGAGGAGCGGCCGCAGUUCGAGGCCCUGGUGUGGAGGGUGAUCCGCCCGACCCGUCACAGGUUCUGGCACUGCGACAUCCUCCCGCUGCCGCCGUGGAUCACCCACCGCAAGCGCGCCUUCGUCCACAGCCACGCCCUCGUCGGCGACACCAUCUGCUUCUCCAUCUCUGGCACUGAGGGUGCCAGCACCUACCGCUCCUCCAACUCUGCAGGCGUCGAGGGUGCCGGCACCUACUGCUUCCACAUUGAGACUCGUGAGUGGAGCAAAGCUGGCGACUGGCUCAUGCCCUUCCAUGGCAAGGCGGAUUACGUCCCCGAGCUUGGUCUCUGGUUUGGCAUCUCUUCGCAAGGCAACCUCCCCUGCGCUGCUGACCUCUCGGGCGUUGUCACAGGGGAGGAGCCGUCGCCAGAGAAGAUGCGGAUCUGGGCUCGUGAUGACCUGCCAGACGAGUGGCAGCCCGACAUUUUGUUCAGGUCCAAGGUCGCGAGUCUCGGUUCUGGCAGGUUCAUCCUCAUGGACAUGUUGGGUACCAUUGCAUCUGCAUCUCGCAAGGAAUUUACCCUCUUCACUGGUAUUGAGGUAGCGUUCAGCAAUGGCAGCAAAGGCAAAGGCAACAGUGGCACCGAUGGCUCCGGCAACGAGAGUGGCUCUGGUGACGACAGCGAGAAUGGCGGCAAAGGCAAAGCAGGGACAAUGUGUGGCCUCCGUAUGAUCAAGCACAAAUCCGGUCGUUACAUGUAUAACAGGCAAUUAGAGAUCCAGGCGGUGUUCUGAAUGCGUGAUUCAGAAACAAGUCAAUCUGAAGUUCUGAACUGAACUGCAGCUAGUGCAUGCAUGCAUUCUGUUAUUUAAUUUGCUAUCUUGAGUCAGUCUAGUGUUGCUGCUCCAUGUUUACAGCAACUAGUGUUGCUGCUCCGUGGUGUUAAGUCGGCUUAAAUAAUGUAU